UUUAUUUUUUUUGGAAUCAGAGACAGACAUCUCUCUCCGGACAAAUUAUAAAGAUGAAUCAUCAAUUUGCAAAUACGUUAUCAGUGGUUUUCACUUCGGCGCUGAUUUACUUAAUAUUGUUGACGCAGAUAGCACAAUGUUUCAAAGAUAAUCGCUGGAUCUACGAAAACGUCAACCAGCUCACUUAUACCGAGCUCAGCAAUAGUGAAAUCAAACUAAUAUCGGCGCUCGGGGAAAGCGGCCACAAGCCGCUGCAUUUGCAGGAUAUCGCGAAAUUACAAUUUCCCAGUUUCGACAGCGGCAAGAAGCAUCGAAGGAUACACAAAAAUAUCGAUGUGAAAACAUCGACGUCUUGCGGCGAAUUGACCUGCGAGAACGUGGAAAAUUAUCCUUUGGCUGCGAUACAAAGGGCUUACGCGAGGACUUUUUUACUGAACAAGCCAUCGGGUCACAUUAUUAAUAGUCCACUUACGAAGAUCGCUGCACCGUUGAAAAGUGUCAAAGUUGACAUUGGCGUACGAUUUGGCGACGACGGCGACGAUGAUGAUGAAAUUGACGAAAACGAACAAAUGGACAGUGCGCGAAAUGCCCAGGAUUUUCCCGAGUUCAGGCCGAUAUGCAGAGUUAGGGAACAAAACGAGUAUCCGCAAGAAUCGGUGAACAAAAAAUUGCAGCCAAGAUACUUGGUUAAUAUACCAAGUAAACUGGUGCCGCAAGGCAGAAAAUGUUUAUCCAAAGGAUGCUGCACGGACCAGCACACUCCGGAAGGCUACGUAUUCUUUUGCAGACCGAAAAUUUCCUGGACCACGCACAACGUGUAUAUUCCAGAGAUAGACGAUAUAAGAAACGAAACGGUAGCCUUUCACGACGGCUGCGAGUGCCAUGAAUAUCGAAAAUCCGACGUGGAAUGUUAAUUAAGAAUGUAGAGUAUUUUUAUAUUGCUUCGAGAAAUUUUUUAUAGUCUUCGUUGUAUCUCGUUUUUUGAGCAAGGCGUAGAUUUUGUGUAGGUUAAAAAAAAAAGAAGAAAGAGAAUCAAUGUACUUAAAUCAAUCGAACUAGCAACAAAGGGAUCAAAAAAGUAUUGUAAGCGUAAGUAAUAUUUUUUAUUGUAAAAACGACUGUGUAUAUUUAAGAGCAAUGAGCGUGCCUUAUCUAUACCGAGUAAAAGCUGUGAUGAUUAAUCUUUAGACAUUAUAGUAUUGUAAAUACUAGCGUAUUAUUAAGUGAUUAUUAAUAUAUUGUGUAAUUGACGAUAAUUUAAUUUCUAGAUAUUAAUUACGUUUUUUAUACAUAAUCUGAAGAUUAAACGCGAAGCAUUUGGUCAAUUCAGAUUUUACCAAGACUGUCUAUAAGAUUCGCUAUUAUUAUUGUACUCGCGUUCAUAAUGUAUUAUGGAGCAAAAAAUUAUGGAUUCCAUUAGGUGUAUCAUCGAUAUUAGGCGUAAACAUUAUUAUCCUGCUAAGUUUAGAUCAAAUUAUAUUUAUGAUCGUACUAUAUGUAUUUAAAACAUUAUUAUUCAUUAGCUGUUAAUUUUAUCCGCGUCUUAAAUCUUUUUAUCUAUUGUCAUAUAACGUUUAUUGCUUGUAAAAACCUCCGACUACAAAACGAACCUAGUUUUCACCCGAUAAAAAAUGUAUAUCUUUACUCGAUUGAAAUACCACUAGUUGCAUACUUUUCAUCGAUCAAUUUCGUAUACUCAAUUAUUUUAUCGCACGUUUCGCAAAAUAGUUUGGCCAAUAUUUAGUGACAUUCCCAAGGAAGUAUGCACGAAAUACAUAUAGCAAAUGUUUAAUCUCUCACCGAUAUCAUCAUCAUCAUCAUCAUCGUGAAUA